UCGUUUUCGGUUUUUAUCGCGUUCGCGUGCCAGUUUAUCCAUUUUUUAAAAGUUUUAGUUGUUUUAUAAUUUCAUCAAGUGCCUUAUAAAAUAAGCCGUAGUUUAAAGUAUCGCUCCUUGCAAUGACGUUUGUUAUCGACGGUUAAGUGCCAGCUUAUUCGACCUGUUGAUUGUUAUCGGUAACUAUUAAUAAUGCCGCAGUAUAAAGCGGACACCGAACUUCGAAGGAUUCUCUUCGAGUUGGAUUCUGUGGCCGGAAUCUUAAAGAGUGAUUUACACACGCUCAUGGAGCUGAUCCCGCGAAAUCUGGACGACAUCGGUCAGCCACCCCGGAGCUAUCAGCUGCGCUACACCGGUCAACAUGAGGAAGAUCUUAGAGAGGCAGCUACCCGACAAGGAAGUUCACCAAUCUUACUGCUUUUCGAAGAAUGGGGAACUUCGGGGAAAAAGAGGCCGACUUUGAACCAUCUCUAUCAACUUGAUAACGGCGGAAUUGUUCAGAGCAGCCGAUUACAUAGCGGAUAACUUUUGAAAAUAGCUCGCCCGGUUAGACCAUCAAAAGGUCCGGCAGCUGAAGUCGAUACGGAACUAGUCCUUCAAGAGCUCCUGGAAAAAGAUCUGGAUCGGAUUUCCUACCCAAAUUCUUCCCAGUUGCAAAACGGAAUGCAAUCACUUACGCUUGAAAACAAUUUAAAUCGUCCUUCGACACCCAAACGUGAAGACAUUGUAAAUUUCCCCAACGAGAUUCCUCGGGAUUCUAUACUCGAUGGUCGUAUUCCGUCUAUUUUAUCGGACACUAAAAAUGAUUCACCGCUGCCUGAUUUAAGCGGGCUCUUGAGUGGGCCGAAUCAAGCUUCCAUGAACCGUGAUUCAAUGUCCUCGUCAAAUAACGAAUCAAGCGGUAGCGAAAGCACCGUUACAAAUGGCCGUAACAGCAGUGAACACAGUAUCAAUCGAAACGAAAGCAUAAGUCGUAGUGAACGACUGGAAUCGAUAAGUGAGGACCAAGAGGAGGGAUCUUCGAAUACGAACCGUUCCUUUGACGGUCCAGCAAUUUCGUCUUUGUUAAACGGGCCCGAUCAAAUAUCGGCGAACGAUUUGCCCAAUCUAUCGUUUUUCGGACAACCUCAACCAGUGUCCAGUUCUAAUUUGAUAGAAUUUUCUUCAACUAUUAGCGCUGAGCUGGACACUCCAAUCCAAUUCCGUUUUGCCUAUCUACAAUCGGCAACUGCCAACUUUGACAGUCGACCAUUCACAAACAGAGCUUGGAAUAACCCAAAUGGGCGACUUCUAGGAUCCGGAGGUUUCGGCCAAGUUUUCUUGGGAUUACACCUCACCAAAGACAUUCCUGUAGCGGCCAUCAAACGACUUUUUCCAUCGAACUACAAAUACGAGGAAAAAUAUAAUCGAGAACUUGACCUUCUGACCCGAAAUCGACAUCCGAACAUUGUCCGGUUACUCGGCUACUCAAAUGAUGAUCAACUCAGUUUAGUGUACGAAUAUCUACCGGAUGGUACGCUGGAGGAUUUGUUGAGACAAUCAAACGAAAAACGAUUUCCAGUGCCAGUUGCCAGAAGACUGAACUACCUUCUGGGGAUUUCUCGGGCUAUAAAAUUCCUACACGACCCUGCCGUUAACAUAAUUCAUCGGGAUGUGACGCUAAGAAAUAUUCUGCUUCACGGAGAAAUAGCUAAGUUGUGAUUUGGUUUAAUCAAAUCAAUCAGUAGCCUAACGACAACCGGAGUUGUGGGGACGGGACCAUAUUUAGCACCGGAAGCCCUGCGACGCACCGUUACUCCUGCUUUGGACAUAUACUCAUUUGGGGUGGUGAUAGCUGAGGUUGCUACGGGUGAAGCAGUACUGCACGCAAUACUUUCCCAGAGCGAUGAGCCCGAUUUGCUAGAACGGGUCACGGCCCGUGAUGCCGAUUGGGAAGCUAUGGUUGACAGGAAGAUUGAACCUGAACAGCUUCCUCUUUGGAGCGUUGUUGGUCGGCAGCUGUUGGAGCUAGCAAACGACUGUUUGCAGGAACGACUGCGUAGACCUAGUGCCGGUGAUGUUGAAAGGCGUAUCGAACAAAUGAGUUGCGUUGGAUUGCCAUAAAGUGACACAGGUUUAAGAGUUUCGUGCUUUAAAGAUAAGUGAAAAAUUGUCGAGAGAUUCCAAAUGCCGAAUAUCAAAUUACGCACGCAGUUUUUGUGAGGUUUUGCUUGCGAGAAGUUCUAAAUUCAACUUAAUAGAGAGUUUCAGAGUUUCAUUCUCUGACUAAAAAACUAAAACGAGAAGAAAGAAGAAGAAGAACUUAUAAGAGCUUUGAUCAGUCCCCGACUAUGACGCCUGCCUGUUGAUUUCGUCCGCUAUCAGCUAACGUAAGUAUGAUUGUUAAGUUAGAUAUACUAUAUAUUGAUACACUUUGACAAUGUACGUGGAUUUUUUUUCCAUUUUUCCGCUAUUGUACUUUGAAACCUAGCCCACAAAUGUCUUAUACCAUCAUACUUCAUCUAGAAACGUUUAACGCAUUAAAACUAAAAAACAUAAAUGGUCAUUUGAGUUUCUGUUGAAAAUGAUCAAAGUUUUAAUUAUCAAGAUGUGCAAUUAUCAGUAGAUAAUAAAAUGCAAUACAACGACAAGUAUUGACAUAUUUUAAACGGUUUCA